AUGGUCCAUCUGAACUUUUCAAAGCUAUCUGCUCUAUUUGCAUAUGACUUGAAGUCUGUUGCGUACAAACCGGCUCCUGGAUCGAGUCCGCAGGGAGCAGCUUCUCUACAAUCUCAGACUCCCAUGGCUAGAACUACAGAGGCACAGUUUACCCCUUCAUUCCUGACAUUCGGCAAAGCGUCUGCGACGGCUCUGCAGCAGCGACAGGAAGGGGAUAAGCAGCCUAAAAGCAUGGACGCUGACUCUUGUGGAGAGCAAACUUAUGAUUCUCCGCCUGUUCUCAGUCAGGAUUUUCCGCCUUAUGAUCAGACGACGGCGAAUGUGUAUAGGUACAGGCAACAACAGUCGGUCAAUCUGGGCUCUUGGUUCGUGCACGAAAAUUGGAUGACACCUUCCGUGUUCAAAUGUGCUUCUGGACCCAAAAUCGCUGAGAUUGACAUCGCGCGUGGCUGGGGGUCCACAAAAUCUGCUCGCGCUGUUCUAGAGCGCCACUGGGAUACUUUUAUCCAAUCCUCAGACUUUGAGUACUUGGCUUCGAUAGGGAUAAAUACCGUCCGUCUACCCAUUGGCUACUGGAAUCUGGGACCGGACUAUAUGCAGGGCACAGACUUUGAGCCCGUGGCUGAUGUGUAUGCAAAUUGCUGGCCUCGUGUUCUUCGUGCUAUCAACCAGGCAGGCGAACAUGGCCUAGGAGUCCUUGUCGAUCUUCACGGCGCUGUAGGCAGUCAAAACGGGCAGCCACACUCUGGUAUCUCGGACGGACAAAUUAAUCUAUUCAAUGUGUCGAGCAACAUGGAAAAAACUGUUUCUAUUCUAACCUUUCUUGCAGAUAAACUAUCGGUUGUCAAUAACGUCGUAGGAAUCCAGUUACUAAAUGAACCACGAUAUGACUCAGGUUUGGAAGAUUUUUAUAGUCGUGCCAUUGACGCUAUUAGAGAAAGUUCGCAACCUGCGAGCAAGCUUCCGCUGUAUCUUCACGAUGCAUUUGAUCUUGCUCGAUUUUCGAAGUAUGUGUCUUCAAGGCAAGACUUCAUCGUUCAAGACCACCAUUCGUACUUCGUCUUCUCCGAAACAAACGUGCAGGAAUCUGGGUCGCAGCUUACCGUCGAUGUCGAUGGUGCGAUUGCGAGCUCAUUGUUGGAUGUCGCUGCAAAACAACGCCGAAAUCUAGUCGUCAAUGAAUGGUCCUGUGCACUCACGCCAUCGAGCUUGGCUAAAGAGAAAAAUGCUCAUGAUAUUCAGAAAAAGUUUUGCGAGGAGCAAAUGAAAGUGUAUAGAAAUGCUACGGCAGGAUGGGCUUUUUGGUCAUAUAAGAAAGAAGAAUGCGACAGCGACCCAGGAUGGUGCUUUAAAGCUGCUGUUGGGAAAACACUCCCGGAGAGUUUCUUUUCCUACAGCAAAUUGAAAUCCAUUGCUUUUCAAAACGACGAAAUAACAAACACGAGCGAGCUUCUAAUACCUACCGUUUCAACGGAUAACUUAAACCUCUUUCAACAAGUCGAAUUUUCUUUGAGGGGUCGAACGACUAAAAAAGACCGGAAGCAACUUGCUGACCGACAGAUCCCCCAUAGGUUCCGGGCUAUUCAUCUGCAACGAGAUACCGACAAUGUUCAAUCCGACGAAGCGCUGAAGAACUCUAGCUCGAAGGGAUAUUCAGACGGUCUGACGACUGCUAAAGUUUUUGCUGCAUAUAAUAUGUCAAUGCUGGGUUUUACAGGCCAAUUCAUCCAGGAUGCUAUUCGGGCGGCUGGUCCCACUUUGGUUGCGCAAGGAACCGAAGAUGGCUACAGUUCAGCGUUCAUGCAGGGCUUAAGGAGCGGGCAGCGUGCAGCAAUGGAACACAAAUGA